AUGUCUCUCUCCGCCGCUUCCAGCUCUAUCCUGCGCGCUUGCGCCCGGCAACAACUGCCCUCUUCUCGCGCCGCCAUUGCCUCCUGCCAGCAGCGGAGGGGAGUCGCUGAUGCCUCCAAGUCCACUUUCGAUAGCCCCUUCGGCAGCUCCAAGGAGUACUCUUCCACCCUGAAGAUCCCCGAUUUCAGCAAAUACCAGUCCAAGAAGCCCCCACGCUCCAACCAGGUCUUCUCUUACUUCAUGGCCGGUUCCCUCGGUCUGGCCUCUGCCGUCGGUGCUAAGGCCACUGUCCAGGACUUCCUGGUUAACAUGUCCGCCUCCGCCGAUGUCCUCGCCCAGGCUAAGGUUGAGAUUGGUCUCGGUGCCAUCCCCGAGGGCAAGAACGUUAUCAUCAAGUGGCGUGGUAAGCCCGUCUUCAUCCGUCACCGCACCCAGGACGAGAUCCAGGAGGCCCAGAAGACCGAGUGGCAGUCCCUCCGUGACCCCCAGGCCGACGAGGACCGUGUCCAGAAGGCCGAGUGGCUUGUCAUGCUUGGUGUCUGCACUCACCUUGGUUGUGUCCCCAUCGGUGAAUCCGGUGACUAUGGCGGCUGGUUCUGCCCCUGCCACGGUUCUCACUACGACAUCUCCGGCCGUAUAAGAAAGGGACCCGCUCCCCUGAACCUCGAGGUUCCCCAAUACAACUUCCCCUCCGAGGACACCCUCGUCAUCGGUUAA